UUGUAUGCAAUAACUUUUUAAUCAUCGUACAGAUAUUGUUACAUCGUAUGUAAGAAAUGUUACAAUAUUACUCAACAUAAUUUUAAUUCUGUAGUUGUUAGUAUGGUUCAUGCCAGAUGUAGUACCAUAAUUAUUAACUAUAAUAAUGAAAAAUUCACGAAACUUUUCGACAAAUACCGGAUAUAUUAUAAAAUUCUAGAUUAUGUUGCAGCGGCAUUAUAAAACAAUAUUAACCGAAUAUUCGACAAUUAAUAGUUCACGAUCAUAAUAAUGUCAUAAUAGUCGGAAAAGAAUCUUGGUUAAGUUGUUCCAAGCAAUAACAAAGUUUAAGAGAAGCAUCCUAGUUACGGUCUAGUAGAGUAGUCGGUCUAUUAUCUAAAAAAGAAAAAGGAAAAAGAAGGAAAAAUUGAAGUGAUUUAGUCCAGUUCUAAAAAAAGUUACUUAAGCUAAGCUUUUGGAUAACUUUAGAUAAGUGUGAAAAUAUUAAUUGUUUCGCAUUUCGCAUAGUACAAGUUUUGUUCUAAAUCGGCAGGAAUGUGUUCAUACUAAUAAUUUGAAGGCUCUUUUUUGCCAAGUAUCGUUACACAAGCGUACAAAAUAUAAUAUAAUACGUUUUUCUUUCGGUGCAACACAGUUUACAACUAACGUUGGCAAAGUAGGUUAUAUUUUAUCAUCUGCUUCCAAUGGUAGUCUAGAUUUUGGACUAUCCUUAUUUUCUAGUUUUUUGUAUGGUUCGAAUACAUAUUAGUGUACCCUAAACUACAUAUCUAACAUACAUAAAAAAAUAUUUAUCGUUUAGACUCGUUUAGAUUUGUAUGCGUAUAUGUAUAAAUGCAGGCGUCGAAAGUAGCUGUCAUAGAAGAUGUCAUAGAUUAACUCUUGCGAGUCAUGCGACCAACGGUCGCGGAAAGUUCGAAGACGAUCGGGGAAGGUUCGGCAAGUGGUGUCGCGAAGCAUCGAGAACGAUCGCGAAGCGUUCAUCGACAGAGCGGUUACGUGUUCCGAGAAAUAAAUGAAAAACUGUGAUUCAUCAACGUGCAUUCAGACGUUUAUGCAUACGUAGUUUGUGAAUUAUAAAGUUAUAAAAAUCGAUUCGGCGUCAUUAUUUAUUCUAGCGUGUAACCGGCAGCAAAUUUAGACAUCGUUUAAAUAAUCCCGAUACAUUUCGCUCCAUGCGUCGCGAUGCGACAGAAUAUCGGAAUUCGAUCGUUGAAAAUUCGAUAUCUUCGCUAAAAUCUAGUUUAUUCGAUGAUGUUUCGUUAAGAAUAGCCGAUACAGAAAAAUCAACGGUAUCUUUGGAACGCUAAAAAUUUCUGACUCCGAAACGAGCGUUUUGGCCUAGGUUAUGUAAAACGCUAGGAUCGUUGCAACAUGGAGCGCGAGGAAAGAACGCGCGAUGCCUCUUCGCCGGCACGCUUUCGGUCGACGGCAAAAGGAAAAGUAAAAGUCCAGCCGAUCAUUACCGAAUGCAAUUUUCUAAUGGAAUUUAGAUCGAUGCGAUUGUUCCCAGGAUUGCUGGAAAUUAAAGUGAAUUUUCGUGCGCGAUAGAAACGCUGGACUUUAACGACGCGUUGGACACAAUUAGCCGCGUACUAUAAAACGAUCGCAUCGAAUGGUCGCUUAAAACGUUUAUCCGACAACAUUCGCAGUAGCAUUUCCUACGACAACGUUGUUGUUACAAGGUUUCCAAAGUGUAAUAAUCGUCUAUUAUCUUAUCACGUUCCUUUACAUAUUUCAUGAACCGCGGUGCAUUUCAUCCGUUAUCGUCUUCCGAGUCGCGCGACGGUGCUCGCAUCGAAAUCGAUAACAUAAUUAAAUGCCGUUUAAUAUUCGAUGACCGUCGCAUUCGCUGACAUCGCGCAUUUAAGAAACUUUAUCAACACAUCGUAGGAGCACUAUACACACGAUCGUCUCUUCAAUAUUUCACAUUUGUACCUGCACACGCUCGAAUUAUCAUCGUAAAACCGAGCAUCUCGACUUAAGGGAGUUCAGUCGUUUGCGUUUGACGCGGUGCCACGGUUUUCCCGCGACAUUCCCGGACAACCCGUUUGCUUGGAAAAAGAGAAUCGACGUAUCGAGCUUGUAACAUGAGAGUCACGGUGGCACAUUUGAAUCUCAUUUAUCUCGGUGUUCGUCUAACGAUGUGUAAUCCUAUUAAACCGGAAGUGUAUCUACCAUUGAUAGAACACAUUCGCAGUUACUAUGUCACCUCUGCGAUCAUUUUAGUGGAGCCUGGUAACACCGAUAAGUAUUUGGAUGUUUUCAUGACAAAGUAUAUGGCGCAAUUGUGGACGAACAAGCUCGGGCGAGAGAACAUCGCUUCCUUGAGCAUCACGUACGACAAACUACACUCCUUGUCGAGAUACUACAACAACAUCGUUCGACCGAUAAUCAUCGUUUUGAUAACCGGACCGCAUACGUACAACGAGUUUUCCAACAUCACGAAGACCUUCAAGAUGUCCUUUCCUGCUUGGUUCGUCAUGUUCAUGCCAUUCUCGCAAGACGAGUCGAGGACCGUCGACCACUGUCACGAACCUUCGGGAAAUCCGUUUCAUCUGACGUUCGACACCGAGAUGGUGGUGAUGUGUUCCGGAGACGAUACCUUGUACGAAUGGUACUCCAUAGAUGGUCGGAGUACGGAAAUUGAAAAGGUGGUUAAAUGGAGUCCAAACUCGUCGCACGAUUUCGAAGUACUCGUAACGCCGAAUAUAUGCAUCAGAAGGAACGAUCUAAAGGGCAAGGUUCUGCGAGGAGUCGUUGUUACGUCCUCGAUAUUGCUCGAGAUCACGGAUACGAGAUUGCGCGGAUAUAUCGGCAACAUCGUCGAAGAACUCGAGAGAACCCUGAACUUCACCGUUGAACUCGUAUCUCGGAAUCCGGAGUUUGGAUUCUAUAAUACGACAACGGGGCGUUGGAGCGGAGUGAUAGGAACGAUUGUUUCAGGGGCGGCGGACAUCGGUAUCGGCGAUUUUUCGAUGAUCAACGACAGAAUGGAUUACGUUGAUUUCACCACCCCCAUAAUGACCGUCAGACAAAGCUUGUACUUCAAGCAACCGGAAAUGUUUGCCGUCAAGUGGUCCGCCUAUUAUAAAGUAUGGCUGAAAGUUUUAUUAUCGAUCGUUCGAUCGGGCCCCGAUACCAUCGUUCACGAUCUUUGGAAUUCGUGUGCCCAGGCUUUCAGCUUAGCGGUAUGGGGCGCCACGUUGCUCACAGGAUUCGUUGCCCUGAUCGUUACGACCUUUAUAACCCGUAGAUUAUGCACGCUCACCAUACUGGAAGUAUUUAACAAGGAGUUUCUUCGAAUUUGGGGUAUUAUGUGUACUCAAGGAUUGACAGAUUUCCCACGAAUUUCGUCGCUGAGAUUGGCCUAUAUAAGCUUGUUUCUGCUAUCUAUCGUGGCAAACUCCGCCUAUUCCGCAUCUUUGAUAUGCUUUUUAACAGCUGGCAUGCACGACGUACCUUUCAGAUCGGUCAACGAGUUUAUCAACGACGGCACGUAUAAAAUAAUCACGACGAGAGGAUCCGUACACUAUGACGUCGUCCAUCGUUCGAGCGAUUCCCUGUCAAAAGCUAUAGCGAAAUUAAUGAAACCGAAAGAAGAUUUGCCGUUGUUUACGCAAGAUGCGUUCGAUCAAAUCUGCAACGACGAAAAAUUGGCAUUUCUUGUCGGAUUUGGUGCCAACAUGCAAAAGAAAGCCCAUAAAAUUUCUAUGCCAUGUAAUGUCGUCAGCAUUUACGUGGGUCGAGUGGAAAGUUUGUCUAUGAUUUUGUCCAAGAACAGCCAAUAUACCAACGUUUUCAAUUAUUACCUGAAGAAACUGUUGACUUCCGGCGUGUUGAAUCGCAAUAAGUACGAUUCAGAUUUUAAGGAGGAAACAAAGUAUCUACCGGUCACGUUCGGCAGCAUCAUAUCCGUGUUGAUGAUAUUCAUCUUUGGCACUGGAACAGCGCUGCUGGUACUGGCCGCAGAAAUGUGCUACAAUAAAUACAUAUGCGCGGACAAUUCUGAUUAUCGGUUCGACCAGCAACGAUAAUCGUUUAUUAUUUCGCGUUCGACGAUCCAAGUUCUCGAUUUCUACGCGAAACGAUGCACGCGCGCGGCUGAUUUUCAAACUGUUCCACGAACGUUCCGCAUAACGCGACUAUUAGAACGAAGUUGCAACGGAUUCGAAACUUUGACAAGUAUCUUCGAAGAAAUAUCGAAAAUACCGAAUGAAAAUAAAGUCGAGCGGACCGUUUUCUGCGCGGUUUAAACGAAAGAAGACGAUCCAUGCCAGCAAAAUCGCAGCAGUUGUUCGCAAAAUCUGCCAAGCGUCGUUGCAUCUUGCUCCGCAAAUCUAUCGGUUCUUAGACUCGUUUCGGCGUACCGCGACGCGCGCAUCCUCGCGCGAAAAACGGCUUUUAGACUAUGCGAUCUGUAGUUUCAGGGCCAGCUCUCGAGUAGUUCGAGUAGCUCGAGAGUACGUUACACAAGCGUGAUCGGUGAAAUACCGUUUCUUACAAGUAUCGUCCAAAGUUCAUGAAAUAAAGCGCGACGAUACAAACGAA